CAAAGGACCGGCUUCCGCCCCUGCUGUCUGCCCUGGGAAGCCCCGACUGGACGGUGGGCCUUGAUGGGGUUUGCAGACUCAGCCUCCGUGGUCUGAGGGGAGGAAGGCCUUGUCCUGAGGGCUGCGCUUCAGUUCUCACCAAGUGACGCCUAGGACAGAGGGGCAUCUUCAGGGCUGCAGAGGGAGCUUGCCUGGUCCACGGACCGAGUGGUCUCAGGAGCUCCCACAAGUCAAGGCCUGUGGGUCCCCAUCAGCCAGCUGCUGCCACACUUCUGCCCAUUACCGUGGGCCAGUCGGAGUCCUAUGCCUCACACGGAGGAGCCUCAGUUCUCAGUUCCAGAUGCAGGCCUUCAGGCCCAGAAAGAGGCACCAGGCCUGGUGGGCGCCCAGGUCACUGAAGCCGAGGUGGAGGAGGCGGCCGUCACCGCCAGCCCUCUGUGCUCUAGCGUGACCCUGGGUGCCCCAGAGGAGGCACCUGAUACCCCGAGUCUUCCGAGCACCUGCCUGACCACCCGCGCCAUGGCAGUCGCUCCCCAGAGCCAAUCCGCUGGGGGCUCCAGCAGUGAAGAAGAGCAGGAGCCGCACACCUUGCAGGAUCCGGCGGGCCCUGUGUCCUCGCUUGGAGAAGCGCUAGAUGAGAAGAUGGUUGAAUUGGUGCACUUCCUGCUCGACAAGUAUCGCAGGAAGGAGCUGACCACGGAGGCAGAAAUGCAGAACAGCGUCGUCCAGAAUCACCAAGACCACUUCCCUUUGAUCUUCAGUAAAGCCUCCGAGUGCCUGCAUCUGCUCUUCGGCAUCGACAUGAAGGAGGUGGACGCCUCCGACCGCUCCUAUGUCCUGGUCACCACCCUGGGCCUCACCUACGAUGGGAUGGUGGACGAAGACGAGAGCGUGCCCAAGACCGGCCUCUUGGUCAUCGUCCUGGGCCUGAUCUUGUUGGAGGACGACCACGCCCCUGAGAAGGAGAUCUGGGAAGCGCUGAAUGUGAUGGGGGUGUAUGCGGGGAGGGAGCACCACCGGUACGGGGAGCCCAGGAAGCUCCUCACUGAAGAGUGGGUGCAGGAAGACUACCUGGAGUACAGGCGGGUGCCCGGCAGUGAUCCUGCCUGCUACGAGUUCUCGUGGGGGCCAAGGGCUCACGCUGAAACCAGCCAGAUAAAAGUCCUAGAUAAUUUGUUAAAGGUCCAUGGGAGUGAUCGCAGAUCCUUCCCAUCUGAGUAUGACGAGGCUUUGGGAGAUGAGGAAGGAGGUGCCCAAGCGGGAGCUGCCCCCAGGGUCAGUGGAGGGGCGGGGGCCCAGGGCACGUUCCAGGACCCCAUCUAGCAGCUUCUCCUUACCCGGGUGUGGUGGGCCCAUUCUUCACCCCGCGGGAGGAGAACCGCCAGUGUGCCAAGUCGUAGAGGGCCGGGUGGGCUGGGGAACACGGUGUGUUCUGUCUCUGUGUUUCUGCUCCAUGCGGUGACUUGGCAAUCUACCCGUCCUGCCUUUUGGUCAUUCUCACAUGAGGGUUACAUUAGCUUCAGCAUCAAAGUUUAGGAAUGACUUCGGUCACACUCGUAGCCGUUUACAGUUUUAGGGGGAACCGUUUUGCUUCUUGUUCCAACGGUUGGGGAAACCAUCUUGUUUUUGUGAUGUGGAGCCAGGUAACGUGGCAAUGGAAUAGGAAUUUCUUUGGAAAUGUGGAAGUGCUUUGCGUUAAAAUUGAUGAGGUCACGACAUAGAGAAAAAUUAGUAACAGACAGUACAUUGUUGACUUCCUAUCCCUUUUCUUCUUUAAAAGUAAAGCCUGUAUGUACACCUGGAUCUGCUUCGGUUCUUCCAGAAUC